CGCAUACAGCCUGUGAGAUUUUUUUGUUUGGAAUAUAAAAGAGAUAAAAAAUAUGUAAUGUCUAUAUAAUUUGAUAAUUUUGUGUAAAAAUCUAUAUAACUUGGUUUAUAUAGAUAUUUAUUUUAUUAAAUAUCAGGAUUAAAAGAAAGGGAUGGUUUACAAAUGUUUAAUGAGAACAGUUGACCUGUUUCAUGGUCCAAUUGUUUAUUCAAAUUCUUGUUUAAUUUUGCCUAUACAAAAGGCAUUGAGACGUUUUAAAGAUUUUCGUUAUAUUGGAUAUACAUCAUUUUAUGAGCCCGUUUCAAGCUCAUAUUUUACAGCAAAAGAGGGAUUUCAUGACGAUUUUUUAUCAUUGGAAAGUAUUUUAAAGCGUUAUCAAACACUUCCUACAGUCUCUUUUGAGGAAGCACCUAAGCGAUUAUGGAAAACUUUAAAUCAAUAUAGAGAAUCUAGAAAUAUAGUGGAAUGUAUAAAGCCAUCGGAAUAUCGGAAAAUUAUACAACUUCUUGUAAGGAUCAAUAGAAUUGAUCCAAUAUUUAUGCCUGAGGAAGUCAAAGAAGUCCUUGAUAAAUAUUCUCGAGAAAUAUCUGUGAAAUCAAAAAGGAAAUAUACAGCAUCUUUAGAUGCCUUAGGGCGUUCUCGUACAAUUGGACGAAGAAAAGAAGCAGUGUCCAGUGUAUGGAUGAUAAAAGGUGAUGGACAGGUACUUGUUAAUGGGAAGGCUUUUUAUGAAGCAUUUCCUCGAUUAUUUGACCGACAAUCUGUUAUUUGGCCGUUAAAAAUAACACAACGUCUUGAUCAGUAUAAUCUAUGUAUUUUUGUUAAGGGAGGAGGAUCUACUGGUCAAGCAGAAGCUUCUGCUCUUGCAAUUUCUAGAGGAUUGGUGAUUCAUGAGCCUGAAUUAAGAUAUCUUCUUCGAAAAAAUUCCUGUCUUACGUGUGAUGCACGUCGUGUUGAACGCAAGAAGCCUGGUCAACCAAAGGCUCGAAAGAAAAAUACAUGGGUUAAACGAUAG